GUCAAAACGCUCACGACAUGGUUCGUUUACCGGAUCUGCGUCCACAUCCGCAUCCGUACGCAGCGUACAUAGCUGCUCGGCCUGUGACGCCUGGUUCCCCGACCGUGGCAGCCUCCGCAAACAUGGGUUCAGCCCGCGAACGAGUGAGGCUUGCCGUGCUGCGGUUGAAUACGAAUGCGAGCAAUAAGCUCUCAAACAACCCACCCGCGAUUUGGCCCAAUUUGGCACGACGGGAAAUUGCCCACAGCGCCUUUGAUCUCAUCCUUGGCAACUCCCAGCGCAUCCACGCAAACACCACCGUGCCAGCAGUCCGGCAGCAGGGCGCACCGCAGGCGUUAUCUCGUUCUCACUGCGAACAGCCCUGGUCCCCUACGCCGCCCCUCGCCCCGCCUCAGGCGUGUACAUAUUUUCAUGCUUCGGUGAUACAUUAAGACACCCUACACGCCUUCCUUUUCCCGCCCUUGCGCCUCAUUACCUUCUCACCCAGUGCUUCUUUCCGCCCCCUACCUCGUUUUGGCUCCCGCCGAAAACGCAGCAUUACGCAAAGAGCCACUGGUUAAUUACUAUGGCGGCCACGUUCUUCCCUUCGGGAUGCGCCUGGUUGGCCCGGUGAUAGGUGCUUUCGUAUCACGCGACUAAUCCUUCCGACCCCGAAAUCUGUUUCCCCAGUCGGCGUGGGAGCGCGACGGACCGGACGACUUCAUCCAUGAUUAAAUGGGUUGGAGCUAAGCGACAUACAACGCACCAUCACGACAAAGAAGGUGCCUUCUAGCUCGUCGCGUCCUGGUCGGCAUGCGCGUCAUCGGAAGGUCGUUACUCGGGGACCGCAUCCUGUGGGACCAGCCAAUCAAAACAUAUUAGAGCUUUAAUGAGCUUGUUGAGCGUAAUUUGAUGAAGAGCAUUUUUCCACACCAGCAUUCGUCUUUAUCCUCCUGCAUUGUUUCAUGUCUUGCAAUUUGUUCCUCCUUUAUCGACACAUCUUCCCCCUAUCCGCUUCUUCCACUACAAUUACUAGCGGUUACACCCCCAACCAUUAAUCAAAUUCGAUGCCUGUAUACUGUAUUUGCAACCAACACAUUUGAUGACUUUCUUAUCCAUUUAUCACCUUUCAUCUUUUUGACACAGACGCCAAAUGAGAAGCGUCUUG